AUGUUUCGACGGUACCGCCAAGCUGCGAAAUGCUACGCCUACAUGACUGAUGUGGGUAGUAAGGAUCAACUCUCCAAUAGUGUAUCGUUCACGAGGGACUGGACACUGCAGGAGCUUGUUGCGCCACGAGAGAUGGUAUUUCUAGCUAGUGACUGGUCAGAGAUUGGAGCACGAAAGGAGCUCUCUUAUAAAAUUGAGCAAAUUAUGAAAAUUGUUACUGCCUUGCUGCUUGGAAAAUCGCGACUGGAAGAGUCCUGUAUUGCUAAGCGUGUGUCAUGGGCCACGAUGCGCGAAACAACCAGGGUAGAAGACCGGGCGUAUUGUCUUAUGGGUAUUUUCAGCGUUAAUAAGCUACUGCUAUAUGGUGAAGGCGAUAAUGCGUUUAUCUGUUUGCAGGAAGAGAUUAUGAAGGACUCAGAUGAUGAGACAUUAUUCGCAUGGGAGAGCGAUGGUGUCUCGAAUGAGAAGCCCUGCUCUGCACUAGUAGGGAUUGGGAUCAGAUCCAAACCGAAUUCAGCGAAGGAUGAGGAUCAUUUCGUCCGAAUAAAGAGCACGCUCAUACGUGAUGUUCCGUUUUCUAUGCUACUUAGUGCGGUUCUAGACACGGUAUACAUUCCGAAGACCUUCGUCGGAGUCUUAGAAGACAUAGCAGUCCUACAAGAUCAAGACAGCGAUGCGUGGAGCGAGGGCGACUACGAGAUGCCCGACCGCAUCUGGCAUCGCAGAAUUCAGCCUCGAGGACACUAA